UCCCUUUGCAAACGGCGGCGCGCACCAUCGCCCGCUCCCGUGACGCAGCGCAUCCCCGUGCUGCACAGAUGCCGGAGUGGAAGCGACAGGCGCGCUCAUCCAAACGCAUCGAACACAGGGGACGUGGGAGAAGAUCGUCCGAUUUGCGUCCGUCUAAGAGCUCCAGACCGCGGGGAACGAUGCUCGGAACAAGUCGCUCGGUGGGAAGCAGGACUUAAAAAGCUGCGGAACACUUUUAUCUGUAUUCUCUCUUUUCCCCCACUCCGAUAAUAAUCAAGAUUCCGGGCAGUCGCCGUCCAGUUUUCUCGAUCACUGAGAAUUUAGUUCCAGUUUCACGACAGGUCGGUGUUUCGUUUGGACACGAUGUGGAAGCCGGGAACCCUCCUCCUGCUGUUGCUGUGGCUGGCAUCCGGCGAACUCCAGCAAGAGACGGAGCCGCGGAGACUCCCACCCCCAGGAAAGUUGAAUUUCGGCUAUGUGCCAGCGGGAGUUUACGAGACGCUGGCCCAUUACGAACCUGGACCGAUAGGGAUUCUGUUCCACAUGGUCCAUGCUUUCCUGUAUGCGGUACAACCCAAUGCUUUUCCACACGAUCUUAUUGUCAAACUGGCAAAGGACAAGUUUGGAGCCAUUCAGACGGAAUAUCAAAAGCCAGAGAACAUAGUGCUGACCCUUCAGGCCAUCUACUAUGAGAUAGGCUUCCUAGUUUGUGCAGCAGUGGGCCUGCUCUUUACCAUUCUGAUGCCAAUAGCCGGGCUCUUCUUCUGCAUGUGCCGCUGCUGUGACAACUGUGGUGGUGAGAUGCACCAACGCCAGAGGAAGAAUGCAGACUGCCGGCGUGGCCUCCUGGGAACGCUGCUCUUCUCCACCUCACUGGUCAUCACGAUUGGAGUGCUGUGUGCGUAUGCCGCCAACCAGAACCUGAGCUCUCAGGUGAAGAACGUACGGAGACUGGUCAACAGCAACAUGAGGGAUCUGCACACCUUUGCUAACGACACACCGAUGCAAAUUGAAUACCUAAUAUCACAGUAUGCCACGGCCAAGAACAAAGUCAUCUAUGACCUAGAUAACAUAGGUCCAUUAUUGGGUGGAAGAAUACAUGAUCAGUUGGAUAAGGAGGUCCGUCCUGCCUUGGACCAAGUUCUCAAUAUGGCUGGAGUGAAAAUCGAGAGGGCCAUUAAAGCCAUGCGAGAAACCAAGGAGGCCUUGGAGAGCGUUAAUGCAUCUCUGGAGGUGCUUCAGGAUGGAACAGGGAAACUGAGCCUAAACCUGGGCCAAGUCCGGACCAGCAUCAACCACACCCUAAAUGACACUGACUGCCAUGAUGAAGACUCGGAUGCUACCACAGCCCAGCUAUGCCGCAACAUUCGCCAGUCGUUGUCCCAGCUGCAGAUCAGCUCAAAUUUCACACGGCUACCCGAUGUGAAUGCACAGCUGGAAAAGAUGAACGAUGUAUUGAAAACAGACCUCAGCGCUGUCGUUCAGAGGGGCUUCUCCUCUUUGAAUGACACGCCGCAUAUGGUGAUUGAACAGACCAGAAGUGUUGUUGAGAGUGUAACAAAUUUGGUGGAUAGCAUUGGCAAUAACAUCAGCAGCUUUUCCAAGGCAUUCCCAGUGCAGAGCUGCCUGUCCAACUUCACCAUCUUCAUUAACCAUGUGCACGCCAAGAUUGAAGACUACUACCCAGAAAUUGACAAAAUGGACUUCUACAGGUGGAUUGGCUGCAUUGCUCUUUGUUGCAUGGUGGUCCUGGUCCUGGCCUUCAACUACCUGGGCCUGCUGUGCGGCACGCUGGGCUAUGACAAACAUGCCUCACCUACAACACGGGGCUGCAUCUCCAAUACGGGAGGAACGAUGCUUAUGGCUGGAGUUGGAUUUAGCUUUCUCUUCUCCUGGGUACUGAUGGGAGUGGUGACCAUCAUUUUCCUGGCUGGAGGGAACAUGGAGAAACUUGUGUGCGAACCAUUCCACACCAAAGAGCUUUUCAAGGUUGUGGAUACUCCAUAUAUGAUCAACCCAGAGUGGAAGAACUUCAUCCCUGGCUACAUGUACAACGACUCUGAGCUGAAGUUGACAACAGAGAGCUUAUACAGUACUUGCAAAAAGAACCAAGGCAUCUACUCUGCCAUGCAUCUGGACAAAGUCUUCAAUAUUUCCUCUUACCUGAACACCACAGUGUUCACAAAGGAUGUGGUCAGUCAGCUGGACAGUCUUAAGAUCGACUUGAGAGGCAUAAUCCUGUUGGAGGCAGAGGGAAGGCAGAACCUCCUGGAUUUCUCUGAAGCAGGGCUGUCAGAGAUCAACUACGCCGACUACCUGGAGGAGGUGAAUAAGGGGGUCACUGUAGUGGAUCUACUCUCAUUUGCCAGAGAACUGGAGGCCCAGACAGACCUGAUGCCCAAAAGUAAUCUGCAGUCUGCUCUGAAAGGCCACGUUAGCACUCUGCGGCAGAUCCACAGGCAACAGAUCGUCCCAAUGGAGCAAUCCAUGAAGUAUGUUAGAGCAAGGAGUGCGCUGAACCAGAGUAUGAGGUUCCUGGAAAGAACAGCCUCUGAUCUUCCUAACAAAAUCUUAGCUGUUCUUGAUGCCAUCAAAGCUGCGCAGUUCCUCAUCUCGCAGAACGCUACGCAUUUAAUAAAUCGGGAGUCCAGAAAGUACACCAACACCAUUAUUGGCUACUUUCAUCAAUACAUUGAAUGGGUGAAAACAUCUCUGGCUAUGGAAGUUGCACCAUGCAAGCCCUUCAGCAACAUGGUGGACACAGCAGAAAUCAUGGCUUGCAGUUUCGUGGUUGACUCUAUGAACACUUUCUGGAUGGGCCUGGGCUGCAGCACUCUCCUCCUGCUCCCGAGCAUUAUUCUAGCAGUAAAACUGGCCAAGUACUACCGCAGGAUGGACACAGAGGAUGUUUACGAUGACCCUGAGACAAUUCCCAUGAAAACUAUGGAAAUUGGUAAUAAUGGUUAUCAUAGUGAGCACUUACAAGGUAUUCCUAAUCCUAUGAUGACAAGCAUCCCUACCUAUGAUACUAUGAACAGGUUCCCGCGGGCCUCGGCUCCUCCGAGGCACAUCGACUGGUGACAGAGCCGCCUCUUGUUCUGGCUCCUGAAAGCUUGUUUUAGUGCAUUUCUGCUCACUGAAGAACCAUCAUGUGCCCUCCAAAACUGGAACUGAAAUACGUCAUAGUAGCUUUUAAUUUCCUAAAUCCUUGGACCAGAUGAGGCUCAGUGAAAGCUGGUUUCCUCACAACAAAAGAACAAUUGCCCUGCAGGCGUUAUCGUCAGCGAUGAACCGAACCUUCUCGACCUUCAGUACGGUUACAGCCUGCAGGAUAUCAAACUCCUCUCCCCUCAGCAUCAAUCUGAGCCAGGCUUGUUCUGCAUUUUUUGUAAAGGACUGCUUUGUCUGCGUUUACAUUUGUUCAGAUAUGAAACAAAGCAGAAAAAUAUUCAGUGACGGGACAUGACAUUAACUGUGAUGCUUGUUCAUUUUAAUGUGCUUCUUUGUGCUUACGAAAACAAAAGCUGGAAGGUCAGACGAAGGUAACUGCAAGCAGAGGACUCUUUAUUUUUCCUUCUCCUGCUUCCUGCAUUUAAAAAGAGAUGUGACACUUUCAACUCAAACUAGUGGCAAACUAGUGUGUCAUUACAUCUGUGAUGAAUGCAAAUUAACGAUAACAGCCUGUUAAAAAGUGUUGAAUAGUGCAAAUACUUUUUUUUAAGUGCAGCAUGUGUGAAGUGGUGGAUCUGUGGUGUCUUCAUGAUUGAGAAUUUGAGUAAAGUGGUAAAAUAGAGGUUAGGGGGUAUUCUACAAAAACAUUAGUCUCUUUAAAAUGUUUACAAUAUCACAGGAACGUUUAUCUUUGCUGGUUUGAUGCGCAUUACAAAAGACUGGUUGCCUUUGUAUGGAGUUUGAGAGCUGCUACUUUUUAAAAGAGGAAAUCUGCCAACAGCUAAUCUUACACUGCUGAAAAUCAACAAUCUGGGAGUUAUUUGUGCAGUAAAGAUCCAAACUGUACUCUUUUUUUUCCUAGAAUACCUAUCUUCCCGUACCCUGUGUCAUCUACAUCUACAGGUGGCAAUUCCCUACAUUUUUCCAGAAUGCCUUUUUAAACAAGUCAUUUGUAUCCAGUGGGGAUGUUAUAUUACUUUAUUUCAAAAAGAUGAAAUGAAAUGUAACAAACUGAUUCUGUAAUGCUUUCUACUGUGACGAUGAUGUCCGCAGGAUGUUUUGCUCAUGCAUUAUCUUCCCAGGGUGUCAAACACCGCCAUUCUGUCUGUGGCUGCUGGCCUCUUUGAUCCGUGCGAGGUGUUCUGUGGUGUUAAUAUGGAGACGCACUGACUGUAAUAUUUGAUACUGAGAGACCAGGAUAUUCAUCUUUAUUAUGUGGGAGGCAAGGUGGUGAUGAUGUAAAUUACAGGUUUUCCAGUGUUUGUGUUUCAUGUCCGUUUUGUUGUCAUUUUACGUUCACCUUCACUGGGUGCUUGGUUGGGUUUAGGCACGAGAACUAGCUGGUUAUUUUUAGGAAAAAAUGGCCGUUUUGAUUAAAAUAUUCCCCUUAACAACGCUGCAACUUGAAAAAAAUGAUAUUAAUUGGACUCUUGUAAUUAAGAGUCCAUAUAGCAACACUCAUCUCACUAUUAGCCGGUGCGUCUCAGUACUAACGUCCUACAUUCAAAAUGUGCAUCUCAGACAAAAUUACUGUAUUUGAUGCCCUGGGAAUAAGAUUGCUCCAAUUCAAAUUCUGAAUAUGUUUUAAUCUUUUAGGUUUUAAAUGCUUCCUGAUGGGUCAAUGAAACCUCAUAGAUUAGGUAAGCUGGUUUUUUAAUGGUACUAUGGGGCAGAAAUGUUGGGGCUAACCCCCCACCUCCUCGGCCCUUGUUUUGAUAAUAAUUUCUGGAUAUCUCAGGUAUACAAGAACCUUGAGGAAGUCUCAUCCCCAUAUAGCAUGUUACUGAUGUGGACAGACCUUCAGCACCAUAAAACAAAAUCACACCAGUUUUUUUCCAACAGUGUAAGCUUUUUUAGGUGGAUUUUCCCUUUAAAUCAUAGACUUAAUUCAAAACACAAACAGACAUAUGUCUGGCUUUUAGGUUCCCUGUGUGGCAGAUUGAAUCCUUUGUCACAUGGGACCAAGUUUUGUUGAGUUCACUAACAUAAUAUUUUUAUUAUGAUUUGUUUUUUCGUAGUGGUGAUACUUUUACAGUGGAGAAUAAUUCUCAAGCCAAAUUCUUUCUUUCUUUCUUUCUUUUUUUUUUAAACUGUAGUUCUCAGGUCUUUAGGGGUCUAUCAACUAUGUGCUUAUUUUGUUCCUCUGCUUUGUAUAAACCCACAGUAGCUAUGGAUACAUUUAAAGCUAUGAAAAAAGUGAAUGUAUUCAAGAGCUAUUUUCUUUUUAUUUCACAUUGCUUGAUAUGGAAUUUGAGAAAUAUGCUGAAAUCUAUGUGUAACGCAACGGGCAAACAGAUCCAGUUGUCCCACUCUCUUUGCCCUUAUGUUUACAGGUUAGAUUUGCAGCUGCUGUUAGCAGAGUAAUGAUGGCGAAAAGAAAUUAGACAAUCCAUGAUUGGGAAUAGUGAGUGCUGUCAAUCAAGAGUAGAAAAAUAAGCAUGCUUCAUGUUUUGCACAGCAUGGUGUUGAUGCACACUCUCAAAAAAAAUGUCCAUCUUAACACUGAAACAUAUAUUUCUGUUAACAUAGCACAGUUGUUCUUUCAAGUACCACACAAUCAUUAAUUUAGGGGAAAAUAAAGUGAUAAGAAUAUUUGUCUCUAACAUUGGCAUCAAUGAAUUAGCAUCAGAAAUAUGACUGAAAUAUCCAGUUUAUUUAUCUUAUUUCAAUAUUUUAAUUUCCAAAGCUGUGUUAUUGUAAACCAGGGCUAAGUGACGAUGAGAAAAGAAAUACUCUGUAUAGAUAAACCUAAAUUAUGAUGUAGUAAUAGAACAUAUUUGCAGUGUAGGAAACUCCCAGCAUCAAGAUGAAGUUUCUGAAUUAUAUUGAACUUUAAACACAGACGGGCUUCUAUUGAGUCACUGAUGUUCUUUUUAUUUUGAGACACAUUUCUUGUUAAAAUGGACAUUUUUGAAGUAUCCGUGUGCUCACAGGACUAUCAUUGGGUUUCUGCGAAAGUUUGGAUGUGAGAGAAAAAUGUUUGAAUUUACUAAGUGCUUACACUAGAUAUCCUGUAUGCUAACCCUGGAUGGAUCAGAUACAGCGGUAACUGGUUUGAACUGUGAUGCUCCAAAGUUGGGCACUGAUGGAGCCACUGAAGAGUAGGUUUAUAUGAUGUGAUGGAAAGAAAGUGUAUAAAUUGUGAAUAAAGUUUUAAAAUCCAAA